AUGGGGGUGAGCGAGGAGCAUGCCUCCCAGCUCCGUGUUCUGAGCGCCAUCACAUGCAAGCUCAAGCUGGAGCCCUCCGUGAGCCUGGUGACGGUACUGGAUCACUGCCCGUCCCCUCUGACGUGUGCGGACCUCUACUCCCUCUGUUCUGAUGCCAUGACAGCUGCCCUCAAAGGCAGGGUUUGGGACCUGGAAGAAGGGCUGGAGCCCGGGAGCUCAGCACUGCUGCUCACCAUGAGGACCUGCUGCAGGCCGCCGCCUGCCUGGAGCCCUCAGUACAAGCUCAUCCAGCGCAAGUUUCCCACCUGCUAG